AUGAGCGGAGAGGAACCGCACACUCCCUUGCGUGAUGCAUCCAGAUGUGCAAUAACAACAUACGUCGUGGACUUGAAUGUGAAACAUCGUCCUCUCUCCAACCGCAAAUUCCCCACAUAUCGUCAUGGCCUGAAGUCUACCACGCCACACGCUUGGCUCGGACUACAGACUCCCCCCGUUUCUCGGAUGCACUGCCUCGCCUGCGCCGCGCCCGCUGCAGCGGCCGCCGCUCGUGCUCCCGGAAAGCGCUUCGGCCGCCGGAGGGUGGUUGUCGACUGCGUCGCCUCCGCAGACCGCAACGUGGAAGGAACGCCUCCGAGGCUAAGGGAAGCAUGUGAACCUUCUGAAAUCUCAAGCACAACACUGCUGUUUGCGUCAAAGAGGAAGAUUCUUGCAUUUUCGGCCUUUUGCCUUUGCCUACAUUCUUCAAGGUACUUAUCAGCACUUGCUUUGGGUGAUCCAACCGUCAAAAUUGAGGAUGUAACUCCAAAGAUAUUUCCAUCUGGUCCAUUGUUUCCAACCGAGAAACGGAUCGCAGAGCUUUUUGAAACAAAUACUUACUCAGUUGUCAACAUUUUCGAUGCGACACUGCGUCCCCAGCUCAAUGUAACAGGUGUUGUUGAGAUCCCAGAAGGAAAUGGUUCUGGAGUUGUUUGGGAUGAGUCUGGACAUAUUGUUACAAAUUAUCAUGUGGUUGGCAAUGCUCUUUCGAAAAAUCCAAAGCUUGGUGAAGUUGUUGCACGUGUCAACAUUCUUGCUGCCGAAGGGAUACAGAAAAAUUUCGAAGGAAUAUUGAUUGGUGCAGAUCGCGCUAAAGAUCUUGCUGUCCUUAAGGUGGACGCCCCUUCAGAUAUCUUGAAGCCAAUUAUUGUGGGACAGUCCUCAGCUCUAAAAGUUGGUCAGCAAUGCUUAGCAAUUGGAAAUCCUUUUGGUUUUGACCAUACUCUGACUGUUGGUGUUAUCAGUGGUUUGAAUCGAGAUAUAUUUAGUCAAGCUGGAGUGACAAUUGGAGGUGGGAUUCAAACAGAUGCAGCUAUUAACCCUGGGAACAGCGGUGGUCCUUUGCUAGAUUCGAAAGGGCACAUGAUUGGUAUUAACACAGCAAUUUUCACACAGACAGGCACGUCCGCAGGUGUUGGUUUCGCUAUCCAAUCAUCAACUAUACUCAAAAUAGUCCCUCAGUUAAUUCAGUCUGGAAAGGUUCGUCGUGCUGGCCUGAAUGUGGAAUUCGCACCAGAUCCGAUUGCGUAUCAGCUUAACGUCCGUGAUGGUGCCCUUAUACUGAAGGUUCCCCCGGGCAGCGCAGUAGAAAAAGCAGGCCUAGUUCCUACGGGCAGGGGUUUUGCCGGCAAUAUUAUUCUGGGUGAUGUCAUUGUUGCAGUGGAUGGCAAGCCGAUCAAGGGCAAAUCUGACCUCCUGAGGGUUCUAGACGACUACGGCGUUGGAGACACGGUGACCCUGACAAUCAGAAGAGGCGCGGAGACAAUUCCGGUAGCCUUGUCGCUGGAAGACGCAAGCGUUUGA